UUUCCUCAGGAACAAAGUCUGGAGAUAAUUGUGAUGAUGGCAUUGCCAAUGGAGGUGACUUGUCCAAGGGUGAAAUGUCAUGGCAUAGUGAUGUCCGACUGACUUUUCCACACAAGGAUGAUAUACCAAUGUCAAGAUCAAGUUCCUGGUCACAUACGUGUAGCGCAUCCUCUGGUAUGUCUGACCUGGCAUCCACAGUAGCCAGACAGAGCUCAAGGGAGAGCUCGAGGGGGAGCUCAAGGGGGAGUUCAAGGGGGAGCUCCAGUGAUGCCUCAGACUCCAACAUGCCGGACACACAGAAGCUGCUGGAACAGAAGUAUGGUGUUGACAUGAGUGUGUAUUCCCAGAUUGAGGAUCUUACUCAUUUAGUGGGACCACUCACAGAGGAUAGUGUCCUCAGGUGUUUACAGGCCAGAUUCUACUCACAACACUACCAGAAUAAGAUUGGUCCUGUAGUAAUCUCUGUGAACAGCUAUCAGCAUCGCCCAAGCUGUCAGGCCUUGCUGGGGCCAGUCAAGGCUAGUGUCCUUCUACAAGGAGUUGUCAAGGAUGCAGUCACACAACAUGCGGACACAGGGCACUCCCAGGCCAUUAUUGUCAGUGGGGAAAGUGGGAGUGGCAAGACGUUCUGUGCUAUGCAGCUACUACGUCAGCUGUUUGAUAUUGCGGGUGGAGGAUCAGAGACUGAUACAUUUAAACACCUGUCUGCCACCCUGACUGUUAUCCAGUCCCUGUGUUCAGCCACCACUGUCACCAACCCUGAGUGUAGCCGAGUGGGAAUGUUCAUAGAGAACUUUAUAACAGACACUGCCAUCUACAGAGCUAAGAUACAUGCGUAUCUCCUGGACAGGGAAAGGGUGUGUAGCAUUCAACGCUAUGAAAAGAACUACCACAUAUUUUAUCAGAUGUUGAGUGGCCUUGGCACUGAAGAGAAAGCCAAGCUGCACCUAACCGGGUACUCUAUCCACAACUUACGCUACCUCAGCUCAGGAAGUACGCUACAGAAUGAACUUGAGGACAAAGCACGAUUUGAUGCCUGGAAGAGUGCCCUGUCAAUCCUAGGUAUUCCAUUCUCAGACGUGAUGAGAGUGUUUUCUGCUGUCCUACUGCUAGGAAAUAUUGAGUUUGUGGAGGGUACUGGCCUAGAACUGGACCUUGUGGGCAACAAUGAGAUCAAGGCUGUGGCUGCCUUACUGGGUGUGUCUGGGGUUGCCCUGUAUCGUGGCUUUACAACUCGCACAAGAAAUUCACGAGGACAGGUCUGCAAGUCUCUGGCAGAUGUUAACAUGGCAAACGCAACAAGAGAUGCCCUGACCAAGGCCCUCUACUUCCGAACAGUGUCAGCAAUAUUAAAGCGAGCAAACAGCAUUAGGAGGCCAACCUGUAACUCCACUUUGUCAGACAGCAUAGAGUCCAACCUUCAUCAAGAUUCCCUAGGGCUGUCAGGGGUGAGAGACAUGCCCCUGAGUCGGAACCCGUCCCUAACCAGCAGUGUCUGUAGUAACUACAGCAAGAAAACCAGAGUUGAUGGUUUCAUCAGUAUUGUGGACAUGUUUGGAUUUGAGACAGCUGAGUGUAAUCGGUUGGAGCAGCUGUGUAUAAACCUGUGUGCAGAAACCAUGCAGCAUUUCUACAACACUCAUGUGUUUAGGAGCACCAUGCAGUCUUUAAGAGAAGAAGGCAUUCAGGCUGAUAUAGAGGUCACCUACUUUGACAAUGAACCAAUCCUUGAACUCCUCUCAUCCAAGAGGAGUGGGUUGCUGAGUAUCCUAGAUACGGAGUGUGCUCAGCCGCGUACAUCAGCCGACACUUUUGUCAGCAAGGCCAAGGUCCACCACAGGAUCAACAACUAUUUCUUUGAACCACUGCCCAAGGCAUCAAGUGUGUUUGGUAUUCGCCAUUUUGCGGGUCGUGUAGUGUACGAUGCCUCUAACUUCCUUACCAAUAACCGAGACCAGCUUUCCGAUGACAUCAUCUGUAUACUCUCCAAACAAAACUGCAACUUCGGCUUUGUCUCGCAUCUGUUUGCCCGGGAAACAAAGAGCUCAAGUAGUAGUGGACCAGGUCCGAAGGGCAUGAAACACAGAAUACUGCCAUCAUCUUCAUCAGGGCGCAAUGGGUCAGAUGAAGUUCGAGGAACUCUGUCCAGCGACUUCCAGAACAAACUCGACAGCUUGAUCAGAACACUGGUUCACACUAAACCGCACUUCAUUGAGUGUAUCAAGAGCAAUGAUAGAUGUGAGAUGGAUAUGUUUGACAAGGAUGUCAUCCUCCGUCAGUUGCGGUCACUUCAAGUUCUGGACACUGUCCAGCUAAUGGCUGGAGGUAUUCCUCACAGAAUGAGGUAUAAGUCCUUCAACAACCGUUACGCCGUCUUCCUCACCCACUGGAACCCGUACCAGACCAGCUCACAACAGGAGCACUGCAAGGCGAUACUGAACAGUUUCCUGAAGGCUAUGGACGACAGUAAGCUCCCUUAUGUCAGUACACAGUGGACUCUAGGCAAGAAACACAUCUUCUUCAGUGAAGGAACUCGGCAACAGCUGGAGGCCAUGAGGGUGGAGAAGUUUGACAAUGCUGCAUCCCUUAUACAGGCCGUAUGGAAGGGCUACCUACAGCGUAAACUGUGGCCCGAGAGACGCAAAACGUUACAGACACAACAGGGUGCCCCGAAGGUCACAUACCCUGUACAAAGAAAAAGAAGUAAAACAAAAGAAAGUGGACCCAAGAAAGAUCCCCGAUUACUACAGCAGGCCUCAAGCUACUAUAAAAUAAGUCUGGAGGCAGCACCAGCGAUCCCUGCUACCAGGUCUUACAACGUGUCGGGGAACGUACGACUCAGCUACCCACAGUCCAGAAUCAUGAAGGAUGACUUUCCAAAAGUGGCCAGUGAUGAUAAUGUGUUAUGUCGAGGUGAAGAGGUCAAGGUCAUAGGUCCAGCAUCAGCUAGGGGUCAUCUUAAAGUGCAACGCAGAAAUGUGUGUCUAGACGUGCCCUACCACUUGUUGGAUUUGAAGACUGUACCGGCUCCAGAUGGGAUGGACAUAUGAGUAUGAUCAACUGUAGCAGAUCAUAGAAAUGAAAGGAUGGCCGCGAGUGAUCACAGACACCACUCUGACCGAUCACAACGAUGAUGAGAUAAAUAUCAGUGUUAUCACAGACAUCACUGUGACAGAUCACCAUGGUGAUGAGAUAGACAUAUGAGUGAUCACAGACAACACUGUGACAGAUCACCAUGGUUAUGAGAUAGACAUAUGAGUGAUCACAGACAACACUGUGACAGAUCACCAUGGUGAUAAGAUAGACAUGAGUGAUCACAGACAACACUGUGACAGAUCACCAUGGUGAUGAGAUAGACAUAUGCGUGAUCACAGACAACACUGUGACAGAUCACCAUGUUGAUGAGAUAGACAUAUGAGUGAUCACAGACACCACUGUGACAGAUCACCAUGGUGAUGAGAUAGAC